CCUAUCCCGCGAAAUUUACAAAUGGUGAAACUUACACUCUGAUGCAAUUUUGCCCAAAUCUUGUCAUCGUUCGGCUUUUUUCCGACGUUUUUUUACUGGAAGCACGGAUGAAUUUUUCCUUGUAAAAAAAAGGAAAGGAUAAUUUUGCACAAUGAAAAUAAAUUGUUAGCAAGUCCUUUACGAGAGGAAGAAAGACCAAAAUGGCCGAAGGGCACGAUCGAGAAUCGCCGGUGGAAGAUGCAAUCGUCGAAAAGUGGAAAAGGUUCGUUAUAUGGUGACUACUUAUGAUAGAUUAUGAAAGCUUUAUGGCAUGUCAUGUAUUCCUAAUUUUUACUUAAAAAUCGCUCAAAGGAUUAACGAAAUAAACUUUGAUUUAAUCGAUAAACUAUAAUCAAUUUUGUCUAACAAAUGUUUAGAUUACUUUUUUGAUGUUUAUAGCCAAUUCAGAAACAUGAUUUUACAUCGUUAGGGAACAAAUCGAAUUAAAGGAGAAGCUUGUGCGCAAGGACUGUAUCAUUUGGGGUGAAUCCACGAAUAAUCCAUUUAGUAACUUAAAUCUAAUCGGAGGAGUUGACAUAUCAUUUGUCAAAGAUGAUCCAGAUCACGCCUGUGCUUGCUUGGUUGUACUUUCCUUCCCUGAACUUAAGGUGUGUUUCAGUUUAACCCUCUAACUCCUAAGAUCUAAUUGUUAAUUCUCCCCUCUAGCUGAUUCACAUUUCCUUGUAAAUCAGUCAAGAGAAUUCAGUGUAAGAUCAAGAUAACAAAUUUCUACCUGAUAAGUUUGAGUAUUCUCAUUACCUGUUUGUUGGGUAAUGUAUUGAUAUUAUGGGGAGAAGCUUCAUGUUAAUCACUUCUGGGAGUUAAAGGGUGAAAUGGUAAUUUAUAUUUGUUUGGCCUGAAAUUAGCUGCACAACCCCUCACUGGAACCUGAAUACAUAUUAAUAUCUCAACUGCUCACAAAGAGUCAAGCUGGCUUCCAGAGGCUUAGAAAAUAUAUUUUACAAUAAUCACGUAUAGCUUUUGAAUCACUGGUAUGGAGCCUUCAUAAUUAGUGAGGUACUAUACCCACACAUUCCUCCUGGAAAAUUAAUCUUCUCCAAAAAAAGUAUUUCUCGUCACUCUUAUUUGUAACCUUAAACUUUGUGAACAUAGAAGUUUAUUCAACGCUGCCCUAGUAACCUGAGGUAAGGUGCAGUUAACAUGAAUACUUUUAGGUACUGUACAAGGUUAAUCAAAACUGAAGACAUUCUGAAGUGCUGUUAAGGAUUUAUUUUAUUACGUGUUAAAUCUUGUGAAUACUUCUCUAAAUACAGGUUUUGUAUGAGGAUUUAACCCUUGUACAUCUGAAAUUACCUUACAUACCAGAAUUCCUGGCUUUCAGAGAAGUUGGGUUCCUUGUUGAAGCAGUUUCCAAGCUAAAAAAAGUUAAACCACAUCUACUUCCACAGGUGAACAAGAUUUUUGAGAUGGUAAUUCAUCAACUAAAAGCUAUACAGAUCAUUUCAUUGAUCAAAAUUAAAUCAAAAUUAAUUAUGGUAUUUGACAUUAUAUAAAAUUCAUUUGAUUAGAAAGAGAAUGAGUUUAGAUCAGCUGAGUUCAUGUUAUUGACAUACAUUGUUAUUGUUGUUCUUGCUGCUGUUUUAGAUCAUUUUAGUUGACGGGAAUGGAAUGUUGCACCCCAGAGGUAUGUUUAUCAGUUUAUUAUUAUCAUAAUGAUGAGGUUUAUUGCAAUUAGGAUAUUUACCAAAUAUAAUUAUUUACUGGGUUUCUUGGAGCUGAACAUAGUCAACUGAUAAUGUUGAUGUAAUUGUUUUCCCUUUUAACUAACUGGAAGACCAGUUACUGGGGAAGAAUCAUAAUUUUUUUUCACUAGUAGGACAAAAUAUAUCACUCUAGCUAAUACUCGAUCUUAUUACUGGCAGGUUUUGGAAUUGCUUGUCACCUUGGAGUGCUGACAGAUAUCCCUACUGUAGGAGUGGCCAAGACCCUUUUCCAUGUGGAUGGGAUAAAGAAAGACUCCAAACAUGCAGCUCAGGUAUUUUAAAGAUAAGAACAUUUCCUCACAAUUAAGUAACUUUCAAGAGAAAAGUAGUACCAGAUAAUGUCCAUACCAACCCUGGCUCAAGAAAUGCUGUUGGAAUCUGUAAACUAAGAUAAAGGGUUUGAAGCCAAGAGCCAUCAUUUGUAAAAAAAAUUGAAGCCAAUAUGAAACUGAAAUCUCUAGGAGUGGGAAAGUUAAUGCAGACCAGUAACCCUCUCUGGUAGGAGGGGGGAGGGGAAUGUCAUUUGAAUGGUCAACUAACUCUUUGAAGUAUGUAGUAAAAACAAUUAUUCUACAUUCCUGUCUUGACAGAUCAAAAACUGUCUUAAAUCUAAUGGAGACAGUUUCCCACUGAUAGGUGACUCUGGCACAAUUUGGGGAAAGGUAGGAUUGGUCAAAUUGCCAAACUAUAGCUAAAUGUUAAGGGAAAGAAUGAGAAGGUUGCAUAAACUAUUUUAGUUUCAAUUCCUCUUUCCUCUUGCCUCUGCCCAGAAGUGAGACUUCACAGUGUUUUUUCCACCUAAUGCACAAACAAUUAGGAGAACUCUUGUAUACUGUAGAAAAAUUGAUUUUUCUGGGAGACUAAAAAAGCAAGGCAGCUUCUGAAGUGAACCGACAGUAUGUCAACAUCUGGCAGGUGAACUUGAAUCCUAUCAGUCUUAACUGAUUUGGUUACAAAAAAGUAAAUACUGGCAAUUUCUUCAAACAUGGCACUAAAUCUCUUUUAUUACUAUUCCUCCUGUUAUAAGAACAUCACAAUUAUUUUUGUUUUUUACUCAGGCAUUGAGAAGUACCCAAGAAUCUCAUAAUCCUAUCUACAUAUCAGUGGGCCAUAAGAUAGGACUGGAGACAGCAGUGAGUCUUGUACAUGCCACCUGUUGGUUCAGAAUACCUGAACCAAUAAGACAAGUAAGAAACAAAACAGAGGCUACUGAAAAAUUAUAACAAUGUACCUGAUGACUGAGUUUGGUUGGGCUGCAUGGGCAAAUAUCUGGCUCUCUGUCAUGACAUAUAUAGACAAGUCCCUGCAUCAUAACUGAAACCAAAAUCUUUUCCUGUCCAACCUGACCAACCUAGUCAAUUAGUUCAUAAUCAUAAUUUUUAAGAAUAUUUUGAGCUGAUAACAUACCAGUUACUGAAAAUGAGACCAAUACUAGCAUGAAAGUAACAAAAACACAGACAUAAAUGCCCUUUUAGUUGCUGUACAUAGUCUAAAGUUUGAUUUUUCAUAAUUCCAGGCAGAUAAAAGAUCUAGAGAGUAUCUCCAAGAACGUUACCCAAAAGAAUUAGAGAACUGCUCCUGCAGGAUACAAAAUGAUGAAAGAAAUCCCCUGAAAGAGCACAAUAAUCCAGAAAAGGAAGGACAAGAUCUAGUUAACAAAUAGAUUCCAAGUUGCCACACGUCUGUUCAGUAAUAGAUCACAGAUGACAUCAAAAUGCGGUAAGAACAAAAAAGUGGCACACGAGGCGCAGCUGAGUCUGUCACUGAUGUUCUUACCACAUUUUGAUGUCAUCUGUGAUCUAUUACAGAACAGACGCAUGACAACUUGGAAUCUAUUUGUUUUAUAUAAUAAAGAAUUAAAAAAAGUUUUAAUGAUGACAUCGUCGAUACGUCUGUCCUCCAAUAGACCAUAAGUAAGAACUAAUCAGAAUGCGUACAUAACUGAGCUUAUUAUAUAAUACAUGAUAGUUGCCAAAAUUUUGAUCAUGGUUAACAAAUAGAUUCCAUGUUGUCAUACGACUGUUUGGUAAUAGAUCAAAGAUGACAUUUAAUUGGUAAGAACAAAAACAUGGCACAGGAGGAGCAGC